AGUCUCACUCUGCGAGGCGCGCUGGGCACCGUGCUUCCCCGGCGGAGCCUACCGGCCAGUCCGCGCUCCCACUGAAUCCUUGGUGCUCGCCCGCCGGCGGGACACACCGCCCGCCUCUGGCCGCUCUCUGGACCCUGGCCGCCCCGAGCGGAGACUGGAGCAAAAUGAUGCUUCAACAUCCAGGCCAGGUCUCUGCCUCAGAAGUCAGUGCGUCUGCCAUCGUCCCCUGCCUCUCACCUCCUGGAUCCCUGGUAUUUGAGGAUUUUGCUAACCUGACACCCUUUGUCAAGGAAGAGCUGAGGUUCGCCAUCCAGAAUAAGCACCUGUGCCACCGAAUGUCCUCUGCGCUGGAGUCGGUUACCAUCAACAACAGACCCCUGGAGAUGUCAGUCACGAAGUCGGAGACGGCCCCUGAAGAAGAUGAGAGGAAAAGGAGGCGGCGGGAAAGAAAUAAGAUUGCAGCCGCCAAGUGUCGAAACAAGAAAAAAGAGAAGACCGAGUGUCUGCAGAAAGAGUCAGAGAAGCUGGAAAGUGUGAAUGCCGAGCUGAAGGCCCAAAUUGAGGAGUUGAAAAAUGAGAAACAGCACUUAAUAUACAUGCUCAACCUGCACCGGCCCACGUGUAUCGUCCGGGCUCAGAAUGGGCGGACUCCGGAAGAUGAGAGGAAUCUCUUUAUCCAGCAGAUAAAAGAAGGAACAUUGCAGAGCUAAGCAGCGGUGGCAGGGGCAACUGGGGAGUCCUUAUUGAAUCCUCCUUUUCCACCCUAAACCCUGAAGCCAUUGGAACACUGGCUUCCUGUGCACUUCGAGAAUCUGAGCAGCCCAGAGCCGUGGGGGCAGGAGGGUCAGUGGUGCCUACUGCUUGUCCCAUUCUGCCCCGGAGUGAACUGCGGCACAGAGCAAGAGCAUCCCUUGUCUCACUAACUCCAGGAUUUAGGCCUUACCAUCCUGGCCAUUCUCAGAUGAUCUAGCUGGCCCCUGGCCGGGGUCCCAUGCAAAGCAGGAUGCCCACUAAUGGGAUUCAUGCAGAAGUGUCUGCCUCAGUAGGUGGGGUGGGACCACGACCCCCACUGCAGCUGACACCAUCCUUCCUAGGGAAUAUGGAGCGGGAAUGCUCAUUAUCGAGGUUGUCCAAUGGCCAGGGUGUGCUUCUAGAAAAUACGCUGCUACGCCCCAGAAUGACUGUGCGCUCGCUUCAGGGCCAGGCAUUGUGCUGUUUGGGUGUUUGGCUUGCACAGCACUGUCAGGAUUUUCCCGGGAGUUUCAUCAGAACUGAUUUCUGAGAGUUUGGGAGUCUGCCAUCAUGGACAGUAUCCCUCAAAAGCAUUCAGGUGGCCACAAAAGCUUCCCUGGCCCAGAGGAGUGAAAGUGGCCUGUUGGCCAGCUGUGCCAUUUUGUGUUGACAGAGGACGCCUCCUCUCCCUGUACCCACUGCUGAG